UUUUACGACGCAGCGAUGAUGCUGGCAAUUGACGAUGUCACCGAAGCGAUAGUAUUGAUCGUUCGAGGUACCCUCUCAGGCAAUGACACUCUUGUAGACCUGUUGGGAGCCGGUGAACCCUUUCGCGAUGAAGACUGUGAUUUGUCUUCUGAUGAGCAAUGGGUUGUCCAUUCUGGAAUGGGCCGAACAGCAAAUAAUAUUGUUAAUAAUCUCUUGGAAAAUGAGUGGAUUGAACAAGCAAAGGAGUUGCGACCAACAUACCCUCUUGUAAUCACCGGUCAUAGUCUCGGUGCUGGAUUGGUCUCGCUGAUGUGUGCCUUAUUGAAACCGUAUUAUCCAGAAAUAAAAGCAUAUGCUUUCAGUCCUCCCAACGGUCUUAUGAAGUAA